AUUUUUCUUAUCAAAACGUAAAUUUUUUAUCAAAUAUUUCAAAAUUCAAACUUUUUAUGAAAAAAAUCCGGUUUGAGACUUUUGAAAAACAUUUUUAAUUCUUAAAUUGAAAACGAUUGCACCUCAUAAAGUUCCGUACCAUCAUCUGCUUUAUUACUUGCUGAAACGUGUGCAAUUAUAUCACCUCCUGUCUGAAUAUUUCGAUUUUCGAAUCUGAAUCACAUUCCAAAUGGGCCAACUCAAAGAAAAUAAGAUUUUGAAAUCCAUAGCUUCCUAUUUGAAUGUUCAAAACAACGCCGAAUUGGAAGAAGUAAUUAAAAGAAAGGAUACAAUCAUCGACGAUGAUAAAAGUGGUUUAAUAUGGACAGUAUUGUAUUUAACCAAAAAGAAGCGUUCCAGUUUAUUGGGUAAAAGUUACGAAGAUGAAAUAGUUGUCAGGCAAUGGUUAGAAUAUGCUUCAACUCAUCUUAGUUUCAUCAGUUCGUUAAGUUCCAACGAUAUUCAAUCCAUAUUGAAGGAAAUCAAUGCAGUUUUAUCGGAUAAAGUUUACUUGUUAUCGAAUACAAUGACUAUUGCUGAUGUAGUCCUUUAUUACAUGCUGUAUCCAGUUAUGUCGAAACUUUCGUUAUACGAUAAAGAAUGCUAUAUUCACCUCUCUCGAUGGUUCAAUCACGUGCAGCAAGAUAAACGAAUAAGGCAAUCUAAUUCAUUGCUACUUUUCAGUCGAACUUUACUCUAUCACUAGCUUCCUGGAGAAGUAUUUUUAUACGAUUUGGAAAAUCUCAGUUCAUCAUCUGUAUUAUUUAUGUUUUACGAACCAGUAAGUAAUGAAAAAAUAUGCAAAAAAUUUGUUUAAAUAGCCAUCGUGUAUUUGUAAAAUAUUCGCAGAAAUAGAUAAUUUUCUAAUCAUGA